CUGACUUGGGCGCAUCCCGGCGAUUCAACUUUCUCCCCUCCCCAACUUGUUGAUGGACUAAUAAUACUGCCAGCUCUCUUAGCCUACAUCCCUGUUCCGUGUUUUAGUGCGGCAUGAUGCGCCCACAGGAGCAGUAAUCCUCUUCUGUGCAGCUGCUUCCUCCCUCAUGCUCUCUCUUCUCCUCAAGGGCAAAUCGAGGUGCGCCUCUGGCUGCCGCCGCUGCGCACUGCUGCUGAAGACAGCGCAGCGUCCUUUGCGCUCUCCGCGGGCUCCUGGGACCUUUUGUCGUUUGGGAUGAACGCAGAAGAAGCGCCGUGUGAAAGGGGCCAGAGCCGGUCCAGUUGUUUAUCGCACCCCUGGCAGCAAAGCGACAUGUCGGUGUUUGCUUGGACAAGUGUUUUUUGAGCGCGAAACUUUGGAUUGUGUGGGGGGUCAGCUGUCUCCGCUCGGGUGACUGGGGGAGUUUUGGGUUCGAGAGGAGAUGCGAGCGUCGACGUGAAGACAUGGAUAUUACGCGGAGGGUUUGGUCGUUCUUCCUGCUGAAACCCGAAGAAUUUCACUCUGAAAACGAUGCUUUGAAUCUCGGAGUUUCGUAUAAUAAGUAAAUUCUAGUACAGGACGAUCAGGAUGAAAAGAUGGCAGCCAUGCUGUUACCAACGGGUCCUGACGGCUUGCGGCGGUUCACUCGCGAAUCCCUGGCUGCCCUGGAGCGGCGGGUGGCGGAGGAGCAGGCCAAGAGCUCCAAGGGUUGCACCGAGGCUCAGAAGAACGCCGAGGYGGCCAAACCCCGCGCUGACCUGGAGGUGGGCAAGCAGCUGCCGCGCAUCUUCGGCGACAUCCCUCCAGAGCUCGUCGGGGUUCCACUGGAGGACAUCGAUCCCUUCUACUACAAGAACCAGAAGACUUUUAUAGUACUUAACAAGGGGAAAGCCAUCUUCAGAUUCAGCGCCACGUCUGCACUUUACAUAUUAAGUCCAUUUCACUUCAUCAGAUCGAUUGCCAUAAAAAUCUUAGUCCAUGCGUUGUUUAGCUAUUUCAUAAUGUUCACCAUCCUGACCAACUGUUUCUUCAUGGCCAUGUCCGAUCCGCCAACAUGGACCAAAUACCUGGAGUACACCUUCACUGGCAUCUACACUUUCGAGUCGGCGAUAAAAAUUUUCGCGAGAGGGUUCUGUUUAGUGCCGUUCACCUUCCUGAGAGACCCGUGGAACUGGCUCGACUUCAUCGUCAUCAUCAUGGCAUACGUCACUGAAUUUGUCGACCUUGGRAAUGUCUCUGCGUUAAGAACCUUCAGAGUAUUGAGAGCUCUGAAAACCAUCUCAGUCAUUCCAGGUCUGAAGACGAUUGUGGGCGCUCUGAUCCAGUCUGUGAGGAAGCUGGCCGACGUGAUGAUCCUGACUGUCUUCUGCCUCAGCGUGUUCGCCCUCAUCGGCCUGCAGCUCUUCAUGGGUCUCCUGCGACAAAAGUGUGUCCGGAACCUCGACCACUGCAUCAACUCCUCGUACACCCCCAACACCACCUUCAUCUGCAACAACCGGACCUGGAGUUCGCCGGACGACUUUCUCACCAACGAGGAUAAUUUCUACAAAGUUGAAGGGCAGAAGGAUGCUUUAAUAUGUGGAUAUGGAAGCGAUGCAGGGAAGUGCCCAGAUGGAUUUGAUUGCCUCAAAGUGGGAAGAAAUCCAAACUACGACUACACCAGUUUUGAUACCUUCGGUUGGGCUUUUCUGGCCCUUUUCCGACUCAUGACCCAAGACUAUUGGGAGGAGCUCUUUCACCAGACUUUGCGCUCAGCAGGGAAAACCUACAUGGUUUUCUUUGUGCUGGUGAUCUUCCUUGGCUCCUUCUACCUGGUCAACCUGAUCCUGGCCGUGGUGGCCAUGGCCUACGAGGAGCAGAACCAGGCGACCAUUGCUGAGGCCUGGCAGAAAGAGAGGGAGUUCCAGCUGGCCAUGGAGCAUCUCAGACGAGAGCAAAGAUUGGCAGCCAAAAGACAAGCACAGGAGACAGACUCUGUUGUGUCGCCRGAGUUAUCGCCGUUCUGUCUGAAAGCAGGAAGUAUUCGCCGCAGCAGCAGUAGAAGAAGAAGAUCUCACAGGACUCUUUCAGAGGAGACAGCAGCUGAAGCUGCUGAGGAGAGGCUGGAGCCAGUGGAUGAAAUUGUGCCUCCUCUGUCCCCUCUGCCAGUCCACCCUCUGCUGGCCACGCUCUCCUCUCACCCCCUCAGCACCAGGAGAGCCAGCCAGAACAGCAUCUUCAGCUCCUUCCGCCCUCGCAACAACUCGGAGGCUGACUUCGCGGACGACGAGUACAGCGUCCACGGGGACGUCUUCAGGAGUCGCGCCAGUUCGACCGCAACGCCCUGGAAGAAGAGGACGGGCAGCGUCAGAAGCCACUGCUCGCAGGUGUUGACCCCCAGCCUCAACAUCAACGGACGACUCAACGUCUUGCUGGACCAGAACGGCAUCGCCGCCAUGGGUCUGCUCACCCCGACGUGUGUGCCGGCUCACAGCAUGGAGAAGUUGAAGGAAGAAACAAAGCCAUGCAGCGGAGUGGAUCCGGCUCCCAGGCCUCUGCUGCAGCCUUCGCCCAGCGUCACGGAGCGCUGCUCUGUGCGCAGGAAACGAGCUCACAGCUCCUUCAGCUUCUUCAGCGACGCCAUGGAGGAGCUGGAGGAAUCGAGGCAGAAGUGCCCCCCUUGCUGGUACGCCUUCGCCAGGAAGUAUUUGAUAUGGGACUGCUGCCCCUGGUGGCUGAAGUUAAAGGAGUGUGUGAAGUUCAUGGUGAUGGAUCCCUUCCUGGACCUGGGUAUCACCAUAUGCAUUGUACUGAACACCCUGUUCAUGGCUCUGGAGCAUUACCCCAUGACUGAUGAGUUCAACACCAUGCUGUCAGUGGGCAACCUGGUUUUCACAGGGAUCUUUACAGCUGAGAUGGUGUUGAAGCUCGUUGCCCUGGACCCAUAUUACUACUUCCAGCAGGGCUGGAACAUCUUCGACGGCGUCAUCGUCUGCCUCAGUCUGAUGGAGCUGGGCCUUUCCACCGUGGAGGGACUGUCUGUCCUGCGCUCUUUCAGACUGCUAAGAGUGUUUAAGCUGGCAAAGUCCUGGCCUACUCUCAACACUCUCAUCAAGAUCAUUGGGAACUCUGUGGGCGCCCUGGGGAACCUGACGCUGGUGCUGGCCAUCAUUGUUUUCAUCUUCGCCGUGGUGGGCAUGCAGCUGUUUGGCAAGAACUACCAGGACUGCGUGUGUAAGAUUGCCUUUGACUGCCAGCUGCCCCGCUGGCACAUGAAGGACUUCUUCCACUCCUUCCUGAUCGUGUUCCGGGUGUUGUGUGGCGAGUGGAUCGAGACCAUGUGGGAUUGCAUGGAAGUGGCCGGGCAGCCUCUCUGCAUCCUGGUGUUCAUGUUGGUCAUGGUAAUAGGGAACCUGGUGGUGCUGAAUCUGUUUCUUGCCCUGCUGCUCAGCUCCUUCAGCUCCGACAACCUCUCCGCUCCUGAAGAAGACGGCGACCUGAACAACAUCCAGGUCGCCAUCGGCCGCAUCCACGCCGGCGUGUCGUGGCUCAGCGGGAGCGUCGUWAACCUCUUCAGCCACGGCUUCAGGAGUCAAAAGCAGAAGGCCAAAGAGGCCGGUCAGGCCGAGCAGAUGGUCGGAAAUCACAUAGAGAGCAACGGGGGGAUAAUCGGAACCUACGGAGAAAAGUACAUCCUGCCUGAAGAGGACAGUUACAUGACCAACCCCAACCUGACUGUCGUGGUUCCCAUCGCUCCUGGAGAGUCCGAUGUGGAGUUUCUGGAGGAGGAAAAUUCAGAGUCAUCAGAGGAUGAGGACAACAAGCCGGAGAAGAUCAGCCUUUCGGAGGGCAGCACCGUGGACAUGAGGAAGCCUGGAGAGGAGGAAGAYGACUUAUCGGAGCUGGACGAUGACASUAUGGAACCGGAGGAUUGCUUCCCAUACUUGUGUCUGAGGCACUGUCCGUGCUGCGACAUCGACACCAGCCGCGGCCUGGGCCAAGCCUGGUGGAGGCUGAGGAAGACCUGCUACCAGAUUGUAGAACACAGCUGGUUUGAGACCUUCAUCAUCUUCAUGAUCCUGCUYAGCAGCGGGGCUCUGGCGUUUGAAGACAUCUACAUCGAGAGGAGGAAAGUCAUUAAAGUGAUGUUGGAGUAUGCCGACAAAGUCUUCUCCUACAUCUUUGUCCUGGAAAUGUUCCUCAAGUGGAUAGCAUAUGGCUUCAAGAAAUAUUUCACCAACUACUGGUGCUGGCUCGACUUCCUCAUUGURGACAUCGCCACAGACCGCACUAUUGUUAGGGUAAGUUGUAGCUAGCAGGUAAUUUCGUUUUAUUUAUAUAGCACGUUUUCAGCAACAAGGCAACUCAAAGUGCUUUACAUUGGAUGAAUAUGUACUAACUCUUCUUGCCUCUUUACCCUACAGGUGGUGGUGAAUGCCCUGAUCGGAGCCAUCCCCUCCAUUAUGAACGUGCUUCUCGUGUGUCUUAUCUUCUGGCUCAUCUUCAGCAUCAUGGGAGUCAACCUGUUUGCUGGCAAGUUUGGGAAGUGCGUGAACAAAACGGGUUUUAUCCACAGCGUCUCGGUGGUCAACAACAAGUCCGACUGCCUCGCCAUGAACGACACGCAGUUCUACUGGACAAAGGUGAAGGUCAACUUCGACAAUGUUGGACUCGGCUACCUUUCCCUUCUGCAAGUGGCGACGUUUAAAGGAUGGAUGGAAAUCAUGAAUGCUGCCGUUGACUCAAGAGGAGUGGAGGAGCAACCCAGCAGAGAAAUCAACCUCUACAUGUACCUCUACUUUGUCAUCUUCAUCAUAUUCGGCUCUUUUUUUACCCUCAACCUCUUCAUCGGGGUCAUCAUUGACAAUUUCAAUCAGCAGAAGAGAAAGUUAGGUGGACAGGAUAUUUUUAUGACUGAGGAACAAAAGAAGUACUACAACGCAAUGAAAAAGUUGGGAUCUAAGAAACCUCAAAAGCCAAUCCCAAGGCCUGCGAACAUCCUCCAAGCCUUCUUCUUCGAUCUGGUGUCCAAGCAAGCCUUCGACAUCAUGAUCAUGAUGCUCAUCAUCGUCAACAUGGUGACCAUGAUGGUGGAAACCGACGAGCAGUCGGAUCGGAUGGAGUCUGUCCUCAACAUCAUCAACCUGGUCUUCAUCGUUAUCUUCACAACCGAAUGCCUGAUUAAGCUCUUUGCUCUCCGAUGUUACUUCUUCACUGUUGCAUGGAACAUUUUUGACUUCGUGGUCAUCAUUCUCUCUAUAAUUGGGAUUGUCCUCGCUGACAUCAUUGAGAAGUACUUUGUAUCUCCAACGCUGUUCCGAGUCAUCAGACUGGCCAGGAUAGGACGUGUACUUCGACUUAUCCGUGCAGCCAAAGGAAUAAGGACUUUACUGUUUGCCUUAAUGAUGUCCAUGCCMGCACUGUUCAACAUYGGCCUCCUGCUUUUUCUCGUAAUGUUCAUCUACGCCAUCUUUGGCAUGGCGAACUUUGCCUACGUGAAGAAGCAAGACGGGAUCGAUGACAUGUUCAACUUUGAGACCUUUGGGAACAGCAUCAUCUGCCUUUUUCAGAUCAGCACCUCAGCAGGCUGGGACAACCUCCUGAGCCCCAUCAUGUCCAGCCCCCCGGAGGAGUGUGACAUCAACUUCGUCAAUACCGGCACCAACACCCGCGGGAACUGCGGGAACCCGUCGGUGGGCAUCGCUUUCUUCGUGAGCUACAUCAUCAUCUCUUUUCUCAUCGUGGUGAACAUGUACAUAGCCAUCAUCCUGGAGAACUUCAGCGUUGCCACCGAAGAGAGCACAGAACCUCUGAGCGAGGAUGACUUUGAAAUGUUCUACGAGGUCUGGGAGAAGUUYGACUCCGAGGCCACUCAGUUCAUAGAGUUCUCGAUGCUGGAGAAGUUUGCCGACGCGCUGUCGGAGCCGCUGCGGAUCGCGAAGCCAAACAAGAUCCAGCUGAUCUCCAUGGAUCUUCCCAUGGUGAGCGGGGACAAAAUCCACUGCCUGGACAUCCUGUUUGCGUUCACAAAACGCGUACUGGGGGAGUCGGGUGACAUGGACACCCUCAAGCAGCAGAUGGAGGAGAAGUUCAUGGUGACCAACCCGUCUAAGGUCUCCCACGAGCCCAUCACUUCAACGCUGCGCCGCAAAAUGGAGGAGGUGUCUGUGGUCAUCAUCCAGAGGUGCUACAGGAGGCAUCUGGUGCGGCGGCAAAUGAAGCAGGCGUCUUACCUCUACAGACAAAUCAACUCCGAGACGGCGGUGGAUGUGGACAACGCUCCAGAGACGGAGGGGCUCAUAGCGUCCAUGAUACAGCACUUUGCUCCCGUAGCAAUACAAGUCGAGCAGACAGCAGAGGACUCGCUGCUGUCCUCACCGCCAUCUUACGACAGCGUGACUCGGGGGGCCGGCGUAAGACCCUCUGCUACAGUCAGAACCGCAUCUCGAGGCCCCGAAGUCGGGGACCUGACCGAAAACUACGAGGAAACAUUUCUUUGAGACUGCAUCGAGACGGAUUGAAUCGAUUGAGCAAUAAUUCAUGUUAAACUGAUUUUUUAAAAAUGGUUUUAUAAGACGCAGAGGAUAUAUGCAAUUUUUUUAAAGUACAGUAGCUCACAGCCUCUAUUUUAGUAGAAAGAYGAUCCUGAGUAAAUGUAACCUUCACAUCGACAAUAGGUUCUAUAGUUAAUAUUUUCAAAACGCCUCUGGGAAAGUUGUAGGGAUGUUUUUGGUUAAUCUUACGGUGAUAGGAAGGUCAGCAUUUAAAUUCCAAACUACAUCAGAACAGUGAACCACUCCAUGCACAGUUUCUACAUGCAAGGGUGCUUGUAGGUUUCAGGCAGACUCAUUCUACUGUUUUAUACUCAACUUAUCUGCACUUUAAUCAAAACACUGGAUGGUCAUUUUGUUGAUUGUAUUAAAAAGUAAGUUCUUUAAUUAAUAGUCCUCUGAAGUUUCCCAUCCAUUUGGCGCUCGUAGAUCUGCGAUAUUAGAGCAUUUUCAAUGWAAAGCGUUGACGCUGGUGAAGGGGGAUGCAAAGCGCUUUACGAUGCAUUACUCCAUUUUGUUCAGAUCUCCGUUGUUAGGUUGCCUCCUCCUUGGUUGCUGUGAUUCGUGUGAAAUGCAAAAAUGUUGAAUGUUCAAACUUUCAAGCACAUCUGUAUCAACCAAACGUAAAUGCUUUGUCAAAAAAAGAAAAAAAUUGCAUAAUGA